AGUGCAAUUGAGGCACAGUACAGCAGUCGAAUCAAACAGAAGAUCGCUUCGACGGAUAAGUGCAAACAACAUCAACAACAAGGGCAUAAUGGAGAGCACCCCAUUGGAGGGGCUGUUGUCGUGCAUUCUCAGCGCGGAUAAUGUACUGCGCAAGGCAGCGGAAAAGGAGCUGGAGCAGCGCAGCAGCACCGCUCCGGAUUUUUGUGUAACUCUUGCUCAUUACUGCGGGAGUGUUGUCGGCGACAAAGAACAGCGCGCUCUCGCGUUGGUGGCCUUCUCCGUUCUCAAGCGCAGCCUCUCAAACUCCAUCCACUAUGAAGAGCUGCAGCAGGUGGUGUCUCUCUUUCUUGGUCACCUCGGCGACGUUGCCGUGGGGUCUGAGGUGAGCGUGGCGACGGUUCGCCAAUGGAACUCGGUCGUGGCGACGGGUGUUCACCGCCUCGCCGUGCUGCGCGUGACCCUCGCCGCAUCGCCGGCGCGAGAUGCCGCCGCUGUGGCUGCCUGUUUCGAGUCUGUUUCGAACCUCAUCACGUCGCAGCUUCUCCACGCGUUCGCACACUUGACGCAGGCGACCGCUGCCGAAGUGAGUAUCGUGCACAGCCACGUGUACUUGUUGCAAAGCUUUUUUGAGGAGCCGGUCCCGGAAGCCACGCACGUGUGGUGUGCGGAGCUCGUGGCGAGCUGCGUGUCGCCUCUGCUAGGGAUUGUAUGUAGUAUUGCAACCGCCCAGCAUGCUGCCGCAAAGGGGGUGUCUUCUCUUGAUGAGUAUCGAGCGCGUUGCGCUCUUCAAGUUCUUGUCGCCCAAACGCUCUGUGUACUAUACGAAUGGCAAUUUGCGGCAUCUCGUGGCAGCAAAUUCCCUGCGGAUCUUAGGAAUGCCUUUAUCCAAACAUUUCCUUCAUUACAGACAUACCUGCUUGUACCGUGUGCGCAGUGGGCUGCUGCGGCCGUCUCUCCGACCGCCGCCGAUGACGCGUCGGGUUUGUCCGUUGCGCUGUCCCGUGCCGCUCCGCUGAUCGCAGCUUCUCUCGCGACGCAAGAGUUGCUGGUGAAGGUGUUGCAGUACGGUGGAUGGUAUAAACGGUGUGCCUCAGCAGAGCUGCUGCAGGGGAUCCUGAACUCUCUGGAGGCGGAUGUCGUCAGUUAUCAGGUGGCCUUAUCCAUGGAGGACGGUGAGGAAGUGGGUGGUGGCUCCGUCCCAGCGAUGUCUAGCGGAGGACGGGUGGACAGCUGGGUUGCCGUCGGCGACGGGGCGGUGCCGGAGACAGCCGAGCUGGUGCGCUGCCACGUGACGCAACGUUGGACGCUUUUCCGUGAUGUCGCCCUCCUUCCUUUUCUGCAGCGCGGCUUCAUCGACGUCGUCGGCGAUCAGUGCGGGCGCCGGUACUACGAGCUGCUACUCGCCUACGCGGUGCUUGCGCCGUCAGAGGCGGAUGCGUGGCUGGACGAUCCCAACAUCUUUCUGCGAGAAGAGGAGGAGCGCGAAGACGGCGUGCGAUGGACCGCGCGCGAGACCGUUGCGCAGCUGUACACGGACAGCAUCACUGCACUUGGACCGCUGUUUUUACAUGCCACAUUGGAGGACCUUAAUGCGCGUCUUUUCUCUGAGGAGCCGGAUGACGCGACGGCUGCGAUGGGCGCCACCCACCAAGGUACGCAGAAGCAAUUGUUGAUGAUGCAACGAGAGGCCCGUCUGUUUUUCAUGGAGGUGGUUCUGCGCCAGUGCUCCAAAAACCUGCGCGAGUGUGGGGUGGCCGACUUUACGCGACUGGCGGCGCACAUCUGGGGCCACGAUGUCGCAGGCCCCACCGCACACGCCGCGACAAGUGCGCGGGCGCUGAUGCUGCUCACCGCCAUUGUACAAUUUUCUGGUGUGUCUCCGCAACGGAGCACCGCAGCGGCCAAUCCUACGCCUACGCCGGCGGCACUCAACGCCUUCAUGGCCACCGCCGUUGCGGAGAGUGCCGCGGUUCUCGCCACUCUCGCGUCGCCAUCGCCUGCCCCGUCGUGCUCGCUCUUUGUCGCGGUGGUGUUGUGCCGAUUUCUGCAGAGCACGCUGCCCUACUGGCCACCAACCGUGUUAGAGCAACAUUUUGCCGCGCUGCAGAAUUCACUCUUAUUUCUUCUCUCUCCACAGGUUGGCUUGAACGAAGAGGUUCUGUAUGGUACGGUAGAACAGCUGACGGACCUUCUUCACGCUGCGCAGCGUAAGGUGCGGGGAACCAGCGCCAGCAGCAACAACAACGCUGGACAGGUUUCUCUCGUGUCGGAACGACUGCCAGCGAUUGUGAUGGAUUGCUGGCGGCGCCACGUUAGUGAUCCGAGCUUUGCGGAUGUCGUGCUGCAGCUGCUCCGCCGCGUUGUACGUGACGGCGGCCGCGGCGUUGCUGGUGGCACCAGCGGGAGUUCAGCCCUUUCGCAGCUUUUGCUAGAGCUGUCGUGGGUCAACAACGUCUUGUGCGGCUACGCCGACUCCAUGGCGGAGGUGUGCGCCGUACCGUACUUUUUACGGCUGCUGCGCUUCAUCUUUACGUACGCCCCAGACGAGGUUGCCAACGAGGCGGCGACGCUCAUGCUGGACAGUCUGUGCCAGCUCCUCCUCUGCACCGACGAGUCGGCCAUCCUGGUCGCGUCGAGCAGCUGCCUCGCUGCGCUGCUGCGUCGUUGCCCGUCGGCUCAGUCGUUGCAGGUGCAAGUCGUCGCUGCCAGCGUGGAGGCGGCGUUGUCCGGCACCGACAGCGCGGUGGAGCAAGGUGCCGUUGUGGACACCGCGCUGCUCGCCCACGCGCCGCGUGCGGUCUACCCCUUCUCAGCGGUGGUUGUGGCCAUCGUGCUGCGCACCUUGCAGGAUGCCCGAGGUGAAGCGUCCCUGCUGGAGAUGGGACAGACGCUGGUCACCAUCAUGCGUCGAUCAUCCAGCUUUUCUGAAGCGGACCUGCUGCGUGUGGUUCAUGCCACGGUGCAUCGACUUGGUGUCGUGCGGACGGACACGGUGACACAGCAGUUGCUUGCGCCGCUUGCUACGCUGCUGCUGCUCUACCCUGCCGUGCUGCUGCGUACACUCGUGCAGGGCGGGCUUCUCGCGGAAACGAUGGCACACUGGCUGCCGCGAGUGGAGUACUUUACGAACCUCAGCGUGACCUACUCGUCGUGUGAGGGGUUGUUGGGGCUGCUCCAAAUGCUGUCGGAGUCCGCGCGGGCUUCCAUGACCGCGGAGGAGUGUCAGCAAGUCGCACAGCAGCCCGUGUCAUGUCGCUGGAAACUCCCUGAAGACGUUUGCGGCGGUGCGCCGGAGGAAAAGACUGGCUCGCGUAAAUCAACGAAGCGCAACCCUGAGAAGAAGGGCGGCAAGUCCUUUGCACAUCAGACGACGUUCGGGUCAACUCUUGUCGGUGGUGCAGUGGUCGAAACCAGUCUGCCGUUGUAUACGGCCAUUCUCGUUGCUGUUGGCCGCGGUUUGCUGACGCUGCUUGGUGCGCCGCUGUCUGCGCUCCGUCGUGCGAGUCAGCCUGACAAUGUCGAUCUCGCGGACAACGACGGCGAAAGCGGCUCUUCCUUUUCCUCGGAGGACGACGACGGUGUGGAGAGGGGCAACCGACUCUUCCAAGAAGACAGCAACGACGAUAACGAUGGCGAUAACAGCGAAGAGAGUUGGGACGGGGACGAGGAGGAGGAGGUGGACAGCUUUGAAGGCCACAAUGGCGAUGAUGGUGACGCAACUGCGUCGCCGCCGUUGACACAGGACGUUGCACCACCUGCGGUAGGUGGACGAGCGAGGAACGAAAAGAUGGAGAAGGAGCGGAUUGUGGCAGCGAUGGGAGCGCAGCUGUUGCCGUGGAUGCAGAGGUAUGGCAACGAGGUGUCACCGUACUUUACAGCGGAGGAGACGCGGCUACUCAUGCUCUUCUUUGCCUCGGCCGCUAACAGCAACACUGUGUAG